CUCGGUUAGACCAAACAUCCCCCUUUUCCUCUUCGUUGAAGUCUCUUCUCUUCUUCCGUUGCUUUCUCUCUCUAAUUCUCUCAAUCAAUGCUACCUAUUUGCCGCAAUAUUCGCAGUUUCCAUGUUUUAAUUAGUUACUCCUUUUUAUCUUAUUUCUGUUUCUGCCAUUCCGGGUUAGGGUUUAUGUCAUAUUUUUUUAGGGUUUUAUCCCUGCGAUGAUCAUGUGUUUUUCCGAAUUGAAUUGAAGUCCGUCUAGGAUUUGUUUUUCCGCAUUAUUGUAGGAGAAUGCGGGAAGCAUUGUGUGUUUGAAGGUUUUGAUCGAGGUUGGAGUUAUUAUUCCUUAAUUGGUACUUGAGUGGAUUAGGUUUGUCUUGAUUCUCUGGAGGAAGAAAGAAGGCAAACGUUAGUUUAAUUAGGUCGUCUAUGAUUUCUGAAGCUCUGGGAAGACCAUAACUGUGGAUUGUUUGUUUAACAAUGGAGUGCUUGGGGAAGAAGAGGAAGGGAGUCGCGAGGGCCUGUGAAAACGAUUUUGACGAUCAGGCUCGAUUGACAGUUCUUUGGCCACAUUUGUCGCUGGAAGAUUAUUCGAGAAGGAAAAAGAAGUGCAAGGAGGUUGUAAUCCCAAAAAAUCUUGAUUCGAGGAGAAAAGUUGUUAAUGGUGUUUCAACUGCCCCUGCAUGUGGAACUGCUCAUGUGGAGUUUUCAGGCAGAGGUCUUAAGAGAAAAAUUGGCUGUAUCGAUACAGCAACACGGUUGGGCAGAAAGAAGAAGAUCGAUCAAGUGUAUGAACUGGAUAAAACUCUAGGGAAAGGGAAGUUUGGGUCAGUGGUGUUGUGUCGGAGCAGGGCAACUGGGGAGGAGUUUGCGUGCAAGACUCUGAAGAAAGGGGAGGAGAUUGUGCACCGGGAGGUGGAGAUAAUGCAGCAUCUGUCUGGGCAUCCAGGCGUCGUGACUCUGAAGGCAGUAUAUGAAGAUGCUGAAUCUUUUUAUCUAGUGAUGGAACUUUGCUCUGAGGGGCGGUUGCUUGAUCAGAUGGCUAGAGAAGGCCUCUACUCCGAGCAGAAGGCAGCUCAUAUAAUUAAGGAAUUGAUGUUAGCUGUUCGGUACUGUCAUGAGAUGGGUGUAGUUCACCGGGAUAUAAAGCCUGAGAAUAUCCUGCUCACCACCUCUGGACAGAUGAAGCUUGCGGACUUUGGAUUAGCUGUGAGGAUUUUAGAUGGUCAGCACCUGACUGGUAUCGUUGGAAGUCCUGCUUAUGUUGCUCCUGAGGUUUUGGUUGGUAAUUACUCGGAGAAAGUGGAUAUUUGGAGUGCUGGUGUCCUUCUCCAUGCACUUUUGAUUGGUGUGCUUCCAUUUAAAGGCGAUUCAUUGGACACCGUGUUUGAGGCUAUCAAGAAAGAUAAGUUAGAUUUUGUGGGUGGUGCUUGGGAAUCUGUGUCACAGCCUGCUCGUGAUCUGCUAUCAAAGAUGCUAACAAGGAAUAUCUCAACAAGGCUUACAGCUGAUGCGGUUUUAAGACAUCCUUGGAUUUCUUUCUACACUGAACCGUCGUUAAAGGUGCGAAGCCUUGAUCCAAAGAAGAAGUUAGUAAGAUUGACAUUAAGGCAGCUAACUAUUACUCAUGGGCCAGAGUCGGAGAGAAAAAGGAACGUAUACGAAGACAGUCUCAGUGAUGACUCUACCCCUACUCCAGCCUCUAGUCGUUCGUGUGAGGAAGAAGACACAGGGCUGGUGGAUAUACUAGCUGUGGCUAUUUCACGCGUACGUAUAUCUGAGCCAAAACGAAGCCGGAUCUGCAGCCCCUCGAGGCCAAUCCAACAGGAAUGCUCCUCUAACAUCAAAACCAGUAACCUCUGUACAGCAUUCUGAUCAUCGCUGAAACGUCUCGGAGUUUUAAAUGUUGCUGGGAUGGAAAUAACUUAUGGUGGCUUGCUUGAACCUAACAAGAUGGAUAUAUCACUCAUUGUUGGAGACUGGUGACCUAAUUUCUCAUGUAUAAAUAACUACGAAUAACAAGAACUGAUCGAUUAUCUGGUAACCAGAAUCCUGUAAAUUCUACCUCCAUUUAACCCACUGAUAUAUUGAGUUUUUUUUGGAAGGCCACGUUUGGCUA